UGGAUUAAACCCAUACAAAAUCUCAWUCGAUAGGUAAGCAAGUCUUGUUCUAAGAAGUUUUGUUUCCAUUAGAUCGGUUUAGCGGUUGGAGAUAUUGUCAGUAUACAAAAAAUUGCUGCUUUAGAAAGAUACUCUGCACAGGUCGAACAGUUGUACCAUAUCGAGCAGAUGUUCCCACGUUUCAUUCUCAAACGAUGGCAAGUUAAAAGACACGUAGAGCAACCAAACAAACCAAAGACUCCAGCUCGAAGGCUUUACGAUGUUAUUGCCGGUAAACUGACCACCUCUGGAUACGAGGAAGACACCAAAGAAAGUAAAAUAGAGCAAACAUUUGACGAUCAAGAAAGAAGACUCAAAUCCAUUUGGAAAAAGCUGGAUUUUCAAUCUGAUCAACUCGAUCAGAUGCAAGAACACUUGGAAGGAAUCGCCGUCAAAAUUGUUGGCUCGAAACCUCCAAAGAGCCACCUUUACGUUGAUCUUGAGAACCGGCCGUCACCCCAAAUGUUUGUUUGAUUUGCCAGCAUUCAAUCAGUCUUGAAAUAAAUGUUUMUAGAGAAAAAUAUGUUCGCCUUUUAUUUUCUGAAAAUGUUACAUUUUUUUACGUCGCGAAACGUCCUAGAGCCACUUUUUGUUAUGCCAUUUUCUUGGAUGUUAUUCGGCUUUUAUUGUUGAUGUAAAAAUUAUUUAUAUUUUAUUGUUUUUUCGCUAUUGUUUCAUGUGUAUAUAUAGCUCUUCAGUUGUAAUAAAUUCAAAAUUGCUUGAGAAUGGCAUCAGAGGAUGUCGAAACGUCGCAAAAAUGAAUCUAGUUGCGUUUGUCUUUUUGAUUAAACAAAGAAAAGUUAAGAAAAAUAAAAUACAUCAAGUUGGCGAUCAACUGUUUGAAUUCGUUUCGAGGGAUUAAAAUCUUCAGCUAUAUUUAGUUUUUUAU